CGGGUUCAGGAAGGAAACCUGGAGCGGAGGGCCACGGAGCCGAACCAGGGCUCCUGAUCUCCAAGCGCGUCCGAUGAAAGCUACAUUUUGGGACUGGAAGCUCAAGCUAAAAGAAUUCGUUUGUGCCACCAGCAAGGAGCUCAGCCAUGUGGACUCCCAGCCGGAGACAGCUCUGCCUGGCCUUCCUGCUGGUAUGUGUGCUCUCUGUCGGCUCCUUCCUUUUCCACCUGCACGGAGCAAACUUCUUUCAAAACAAUCUAGCUCUCUCUAUCAUGUGUCCAGACUAUGAGCUGCUGAGGUCCCCGGUGGCCAUGGUGUGCCUCUCCGAGUCACUGCAGAAGCCCAAUGCCUCCCCUACUUCCUGCCCCGAGCCAUCCUUCCCACUCUCUGGGACUUGGACUAUCUCCCCAGGAGGCAGGUUUGGGAAUCAGAUGGGACAGUACGCCACACUGCUGGCCCUGGCCCAGCUCAAUGGUCGCCGAGCCUUCAUCCAGCCUGAGAUGCACGCCACGCUGGCGCCCGUGUUCCGCAUCUCCCUGCCAGUGCUAGACCCCGAGGUGGACAGCCUCACCCCUUGGCAGCACUUAGUCCUGCAUGACUGGAUGUCAGAGGAAUAUUCCCGCCUGGAGGAACCAUUUCUCAAGCUGUCUGGCUACCCUUGCUCUUGGACGUUUUUCCACCAUCUCCGGGAACAGAUCCGCAGGGAGUUCACCCUGCAUGACCACCUACGAGAAGAUGCCCAGAACCUGCUGAGUGGGCUCCGCCUAGGCCCCUUGGGCAUCCGCCCUCACACCUUUGUGGGUGUCCAUGUGCGUCGUGGAGACUAUCUGAAGAUAAUGCCCAAUCGCUGGAAGGGAGUGGUGGGCGACCGAGCUUACCUCCGGCAAGCGAUGGAUUGGUUCCGGGCCCGGCACAAAGACCCUAUCUUUGUGGUGACCAGCAACGGUAUGAAAUGGUGCCUGGAGAACAUUGACACAUCCCGCGGAGAUGUGGUCUUUGCUGGCAACGGGCAGGAGAGAACCCCGGGGAAGGACUUUGCGUUGCUGACACAAUGUAACCAUACCAUCAUGACUGUUGGCACAUUUGGCUUCUGGGCUGCCUACUUGGCUGGUGGAGACACUGUCUACCUUGCCAACUUCACCCUGCCCGACUCAGAGUUUCUGAAGAUCUUCAGGCCUCAUGCAGCCUUCCUGCCCGAGUGGGUGGGCAUUAACGCAGACUUGUCCCUGCUGCAGGCUCAAGGUGACCCUUGGGAGCUAGACAGUCUUUUAAGAUGAGUCUGACCCAUCGAGA